AAUAAGCGGCCGGGCUCCGUUGACAAACCGAUGUUUCUUUCACUGUUUUGUACACACGCUUCUUCUUCGAAAUCUGUUUAAAAUGUACAUUAAACAGGUCGUUAUUGACGGUUUCAAGUCGUAUGCUACACGGACGACCAUCUCUGGGUUCGAUCCUCAGUUUAAUGCGAUCACAGGCCUGAACGGCAGCGGAAAAUCAAACAUACUUGACUCCAUUUGUUUCCUUCUUGGAAUUUCGAACUUAACACAGGUACGGGCAAGCAGUUUACAAGAACUGGUGUACAAAGGUGGACAGGCAGGGGUAACCAAAGCUACAGUUACAAUCACCUUUGACAAUACAGACAAGAAGCAGAGCCCUUUAGGAUAUGAAUCUUUUGAAGAAAUUACAGUUUCUAGACAGGUUGUUAUCGGAGGCAGGAACAAGUAUCUAAUCAAUGGCUGCAAUGCUAACAACACCAGAGUUCAAGACUUGUUUCGUUCAGUUCAGCUUAAUGUAAACAAUCCUCACUUUCUUAUCAUGCAGGGCAGAAUAACUAAAGUGCUGAAUAUGAAACCACCUGAAAUACUGUCUAUGAUAGAGGAAGCUGCUGGAACAAGAAUGUAUGAGAGUAAAAAGCUGUCAGCACAGCGCACCAUUGAGAAAAAGGACAGCAAACUACAAGAGAUUGAAACUAUUCUUGCAGAAGAAAUAACUCCAACCUUGACCAAACUUAAAGAGGAGAGAGCAUCUUAUCUUGAAUAUCAAAAAGUCAUGAGAGAGGUGGAGCAUCUUUCAAGACUCUAUAUAGCUCAUCAAUUUGUGAUGGCAGAGGAUGUGCAGAAAAAGGCUGGAGUUGAACUAGAGAACAUUAAACAAGAGAAUGUCAAACUGAAAAAGAGAUGUGAAGAGAUUGAAGGAAAAGUUAAAGAACUAAGUGCAGUCAUCUCUGAAUUAGAAAAGAAAAAGAUUGCUGAGUCUGGAUCAGCCCUGAAAAAACUUGAAAAUAGACUUGAGGAGGUUUCAAAGGUUGAUGUUAAGACAGAAUCUGAUUUGAAACACAUGAAGGACACUUUGGCAGCUGAGAAGAAGAAGAAAAAAGCACUCCUGAAAAGCCUUGAUGAUGAUCAAGCUCAAUUAAAGAACAAAGAAAAAGAGCUGAAGAAGCUGAAUGACCUUCUCAUCAAACUGGAAGAAAAGAGUCAAGAAGACAGCAAGGCACUGAAAAUAGCACAGGAUCAUUUCCAUGCAGUGUCAGCAGGGCUAUCCAGCAAUGAAGAUGGCGAAGACAAGACUCUUGCAGACCAGAUCAUGACUUUUAAGAGUGAAAUAAGCUCUGCUGAAACUGAAUCCAAGCAAGGCCAGAUGAGACUCAAACAUGCUCAGACAGAGUUGAAGAAGAAACAAUCUGAGCUGAAGAACACAGAGAAGAGCUAUAAGAAGGACAAGGAUGUUUAUGAUGCAAUUGAAAAGAGUAAAUCCAAACUUGAGGAUGAAAUGAAGAAAUUGAAGUAUGAAGAGGGAAAAGAGGAAAAACUUAUUGCCAGAAGACGUGAGCUGGAGGCUGAGGUUUCUGCGCUAAGGACCAAAGUGGAAACUCUGGAGGCAAAAUUUCCAAACCUUCAGUUUGAUUACAGAGAUCCAGAAACAGGAUUUGAUCGCAAGAAGGUGAAAGGUCUAGUGGCACAACUGAUUCAAGUCAAAGAUGUCUCAUCUGCUACAGGUCUGGAGGUGACUGCCGGAGGAAAGCUCUAUAAUGUUGUGAUAGACAAUGAAGUGACUGGCAAAAAGUUAAUAAGCAAUGGCAAACUCAAGCGCCGCUACACAUUUAUUCCACUGAAUAAAAUUGCUUCCAGAACUCUUUCAAAUGAUGUUGUGAAAAGAGCAGAAAGCUUGGUUGGUAAGGACAAUGUCAACCUUGCUUUGUCCCUUGUUGGUUAUGAUGAAGAGGUCAAAGCAGCUAUGGCUUAUGUGUUUGGGACUACUUUUGUAUGCAAUGACAUGGAUAAUGCUAAAAAGGUCACCUAUGAUCCCAAAGUGCAAGCAAGGUCAGUGACCUUAGGUGGAGACUUAUUUGAUCCUCAAGGAACAGCCACAGGAGGUGCACGGGCAUCGCAUUCCUCAAUCCUGGUCAAGCUGCAGGAAUUGAAUGAGGCACAAGCGACUCUACAAGGCAAAAGUACAGAGCUUCAAAAUGUUGUCCAGGAGCUGGACGCCUAUAAGAAAAUGGCAGAAAAAUAUCGCCAGAUAAAACAGCAGUAUGAUUUGAAAGUUCAUGAAGCUGAACUUGUCCAGGCUCGCCUGAAGCAAAGUACUCAUCAUCAUCAACUGGAGGAGGUUGAAGCUUUGCAGAAAACAGUUGACGAACAGCAAGAAUUGAUAUCAAAGGCGAAAGAAACAAUAGCAGUGGCAACUGAGAAGUGCAAAGAUGUUGAAAGGAAGAUGAAGGAAGCAAAAUCUCAUCGUGAAAAAGAACUCAAGACAGCUGAGGAAGAGGUGAAAAAGAGUAAGAAAAAAGCUGAGGAGUCAACAAAGAAUAUGAAAGCAAAGCAACAGGAAGUCGAGGAGAUGAAGUUAGAAAUGGAAGAGCUGAAAAAUGAAGGGGCUAAAGUCGAUGAGCAAGUCAAAGCAGUCGAUGAAGCAAUUUCAAAAGCUGAGGAGCAAAUUGAAAAAAUUUCUGAGAGGGCGAAGGAAACAAAGAAAGCAGUCGAAGAGGCCGCUAAAGAGCUAGAUAAACAGAAGGAAGCCCUCAGAUCGUGUAAUGAGGCCAUUGAAGAGAAAGUGCAGGAACAACAAGGCCUACAGAAACAAGGUCAGGAUAUUCAGCUGGAGCUUAAGGAGAUGGAUUAUAAAGUGAACAAAUUUCAACGCGAUAGUAAAGAAGCAGCUUCAAAGGUGGAACAAAUGUUGCAAAAAUACGACUGGAUCGCCAGUGAGAGGAAUUUUUUCGGUCAACCGAACAGUGCUUUCGAUUUUGCCGCUAACGACAUGAAGGAUGUCUCUAGACGGCUCAGUAAACUGCAAGAAACGAAAGACAAACUGGGAAAGAACGUGAACAUGCGAGCCAUGAAUAUGCUUGGAAAAGCUGAAGAGAAGUACAAUGAUUUAAUGAAAAAGAAGCGAAUUGUCCUGAACGACAAAGAUAAGAUUGCAUUAGUCAUCAAAGAACUUGAUGAGAAGAAGAACGAAGCCCUAAGGAACGCUUGGAAGAAAGUGAACAAGGAUUUUGGCUCGAUAUUUUCUACUCUUCUUCCUGGAACCACAGCAAAGCUGGCUCCCCCAGAAGGACAAACGGAACUCGAUGGGCUGGAGGUGAAAGUGGCUUUCGGAAACGUUUGGAAGGAAAGUCUCAGUGAACUAAGUGGUGGACAAAGGUCUUUAGUCGCGCUAUCACUCAUCCUAUCCAUGUUGCUCUUCAAACCUGCUCCUCUGUACAUCCUUGAUGAAGUAGACGCCGCCCUGGAUCUGUCUCACACACAAAACAUCGGCCAAAUGCUCAGAGCCCACUUUAAGCAUUCCCAGUUCAUUGUAGUGUCUUUAAAAGAUGGCAUGUUUAACAAUGCCAAUGUCCUCUUUAAAACGAAGUUUGUGGAUGGCGUGUCCACGGUCACGCGGUACGCUCAGUCCCAGCCCUCUCGGGAUGGUCGGGAUGAAGAUGGAAGUGGAGCAUUGGGAAGGGGAGGGAAGAGCACUGCUAAGAAAAACCCUAGCAAGAGGUUGAGAACUGACACUCCUGCCCAACCUCUUUUGCCAUCGCAGGGUUAAACCUCUGGAAAUGUGAAUAGCUAAGGUUUUGUGGUGUCGUUUGCAGAAAUAUAAAGCGUACUAUCAUGUUACUUUGCAUCAUAUUGAAAGUGUAGAGCAUUAACCUUCAUUGCAUCACACUGUUUAUCCUUAUAUAUCAGUACAUUAACCCUCUGGUAAACAACAUCCCUCUCCACAAUUCGUUCUCAUAAACGUAAACAUCUAUUUUAUUAACAAAAGCAUAUUUGGGAACUUCUAGAUGGGAAUUUGAGUUGAUAAGUUUACUGUGCUCUCUCGUCACAGUAAUGUAUGACUAUGUUGCGUAUACAUUCCUCUACUUCAUCAUGUAACGGUCAAAGUGAAGGUUGUCAGAUUUCCUUAUUCUGUCAAGUAACUCUUGUGUAAAUACCACUUAGGGUACCCGGCUUGAAAUAGUGUUCCACUAACCCUAAACACCCUAUCAUCAGAAUGUGUAUCCCUCAUUCUGUUCUGUAUUUAUUUCUUGUGGUACUGAUAAGGAUAAUGUUUUUUACACAAUGAAGAGCUUUUAUUUCUUGGCAA